UGACCACAUGUUCGAUCAGAGUUCACCAAGCAUGAACCCUAAUUCAUAAACCAACCCCCAAUCUCCAAAAUUAAGCCUUUUCAAUCGAUCACAAUCAUGAAAACAUGAGUUCAUCAUCAUCGUCUUCUACAAUUCGUUCAAAAAACCCCAAAAUUUUCAGACUUGGCACCGAUGGAAGAGUUUAUUGUAACCAUGAGUUAGUUGCAAUCCGUAGGGUGGCUGGAAAUCAAAGUUCAAGACAAGGAGAAGAGUUUUAUGGAUGCCCUCUCUGGCCUGGAUCUGAUUGCAAAUUCUUUAUGUGGAAACAAGAAGUCGAUGUGGUGUUAUCAAGUGAAUGCAACUGUCGUUUCGUUGAGAUGGACAAUGAAAGACUGAUAUUUGAGAAGACAUUGAUAGAAGAAGAGAAUAAGAGUUUGAAAAAGCAAUUAAAGAAAGCAUGUUUUGUUGUUAUUGUUUGCAUUGCAGUAGUGUUGUUUUGGUUAUAUUGACCCGCUUUAGUCAUGUAUCGACUAUGUAAUAGGGUGUUUUGGUUAUAUUUGACACUUUAGUCAUGUGUCGACUAUGUAAUAGGGUGUUUUGGUUAUAUUUGACGCUUUAGUCAUGUGUCGACUAUGUAAUAGGGUGUUUUGGUUAUAUUGACGCUUUAGUCAUGUAUCGACUAUUUAAUAGCUUGUUUUGUUUCAA